CCACCCGAUGUCCGCGCCCGACAAGCAGCAGCCGCCGCACGGCGGGGGCACAGGAGGAGGCGGCGGCGCGGGCGGCCAGGCCAUGGACCCCGCGGCGGCGGGCCCCACCAAGGCCAAGAAGACCAACGCCGGCGUGCGGCGGCCGGAGAAGCCGCCCUACUCGUACAUCGCGCUCAUCGUCAUGGCCAUCCAGAGCUCGCCCAGCAAGCGCCUGACGCUCAGCGAGAUCUACCAGUUUCUUCAGGCGCGCUUCCCCUUCUUCCGCGGCGCCUACCAGGGCUGGAAGAACUCUGUGCGCCACAACCUGUCGCUCAACGAGUGCUUCAUCAAACUGCCCAAGGGCCUCGGGCGACCGGGCAAGGGCCACUACUGGACCAUCGACCCGGCUAGCGAGUUUAUGUUCGAGGAGGGCUCGUUCCGCCGGCGGCCGCGCGGCUUCCGAAGGAAAUGCCAGGCGCUCAAGCCUGUAUACAGCAUGGUGAACGGCCUGGGCUUCAAUCACCUCCCCGACACCUACGGCUUCCAGGGCUCCGGAGGCCUCUCCUGCGCGCCCAACAGCCUGGCGCUGGAAGGCGGCUUGGGUAUGAUGAAUGGCCACUUGGCGGGCAACGUGGACGGCAUGGCUUUGCCCAGCCACUCAGUGCCACACCUGCCCUCCAACGGCGGCCACUCGUACAUGGGUGGCUGCGGUGGCUCUGCGGCCGGGGAGUAUCCGCACCACGACAGCUCAGUGCCCGCUUCUCCGCUGCUGCCGGCCGGCGCCGGCGGGGUCAUGGAGCCGCACGCCGUUUACUCCAGCUCCACAGCAGCCUGGCCGCCCGCGGCCUCCGCGGCUCUCAACAGCGGGGCCUCCUACAUCAAGCAACAGCCUCUGUCCCCUUGCAACCCAGCGGCCAACCCCUUGUCUGGCAGCAUCUCCACGCACUCCCUGGACCAGCCAUACCUGCACCAAAACAGUCACAACGGGCCAGCGGAACUGCAAGGCAUCCCUCGGUAUCACUCGCAGUCACCCAGCAUGUGUGACAGAAAGGAGUUUGUCUUCUCUUUCAAUGCCAUGGCCUCUUCUUCUAUGCACACUACUGGUGGAGGGUCUUACUAUCACCAGCAGGUCACCUAUCAAGACAUCAAGCCCUGUGUGAUGUGAGGUGAGGCCAACAGGCCCUCCAGCCCAGCCUGGCCGGCCCAGGGACCAGGAGCCCACCGCCACAAACUGCUUUACUCUGGAGGUAUAACGCGUCAGCAAGAGAAAAGGGACAGCCCCACCCCUAACGGAUUAUUUGUAAAGAAAACCCCAACACAGACUGGGAGUAGCGGCUGGCGACUCCACCCCCACUCCCUCACUAAUUUCUAAAAAAACAGCGGCUGUGGGGCCAGGUCGCAGUGCAGCUGUCAGUAAAUAAAUACUUAUUUUCAACCCCAUUGAAAGCGGCCACGGAGGUGCUGUGUCCUGUGUCCUCGGGGAAGCCAGAUACACGGGAAGAGUUCUGCAGAGGUCUCUCCGCCCCUCCCACACCCAAGGACAGUUGUUUUAAGAAAAAAAGAGACACGAGAGACCAGUCAUCAAAAACUUUUAUUUUUGGUUGAGUAUUUAUCUUUUAGUUUUUAACUUUUUGAAAGAAUGUCUUGAACAGCUCUCUCUUCAGCCAUCUUUCUCCCCCUUCCGGGGAGGAGAAUGGGACCAGGUGUGGCAUCCCCUCUCCCAACCCGGGGUCUCUUCCAGCAAUCACAGGUGAAUCUUUAUGGGAAUGACACAGAUACCUGAAGCCACUGUUUGUCUUUUUUUUAAAAAAAAAAGAGAACAGUGUCUGAGAAGCUCUGUCCCAGCCUCCGGCCGUCCAUUUUCUUCUUCGUCCUCCAGCGUCUGUUUUUCACCUUGCUUGGAGUUACAUUUUGACUUUUCCCCUGGGUGUUUUUCUGUCUCGACUGUGACUCUCUGAAAAGAAAGGAACACAGUGAGAUGGGGGAACCUAGGUUCGAUCUGGCCGGUGUAGUUCAGGCGCUCUGACACGGUAGACGGGCUCAGCCUGCUAUUUAUUCUGCUUUACUUCCUUACUCAAAACACCACGUAGCUCUGCCCUCUCAGUAUUAAUGGUGUGACUUGGUUGGCAAUAUUUGCCAUGUAGAGUUGUUGUCAUUAUUGUGUGUGUGUUUUUUUAGAUAACCAUUGUAAAUUUGAAACAAAGACCAAUCUGUGUAAAAACAAAUUUCCAUAUGUUUUAUAUAAAUAUAUAUAAUAUGAAGGACUGUCCCCUUUCCCCCCUUUUAGUAUUUUGGCCGCAGAGGUGCGGCAUCUGUGACACAUAUUUUAAACCUCCUUUCUGCACUGUAUAAAAGGGACAAUCUGAGGGUAUGCUUUUUGUGUAUUUUUUUUUCCUACAAAAAGAACAAAAAUAAAAAUGUAUAACAUUUGUACAAGGCCUCCAAAACUCCUGUUGCUAGACAUAAAUCAGAAUGCCUGUUUUUUGGGAGAAAUAGUAGACCAACUAGUUACUACCUCAGGAGUGU